AUGGCCGAAAGUAAUAUUACUCAAUCGGAGCUAUUAGAUUUGCUUGCCUCCUUCGUUAAUCAUUCGUACAAGACCAAGGAUAACGAUGUAACGGCCGGAGUUGCAUUAGAGAGGUGCAAGCAUCUAUGUAAAUUAGAUUACAGAGUGACGAUUAUCAAUAAUUUUGGUGGAGAGUUAUGCGGUCACUAUCCAUCCAGAAUCCUAUUGCUGCAGUCAAAAUGCAGAUCCCAAAAAACAGAUAAUACCGAGGAGAUUAGAGAUUUAAUGGCUAAUGCCAAAUUCGCAAGAUGUAGAUCACGCUUCGUUGUACCAGUCAUACUGUAUGACAAGAAGCAAAUCUGCCGCAGUUCUACACUAGCCAGUGCUGCUGAAAUGUACGGAAGAACCAGUUGGGAUGUUUAUCUUGGUGGAGAAUACCAAGGUCCAAGCCCACUUCGAUCGAUGACAUCAUCAGUUCGGAAUGGUGAUUUCUGUGAUCGUAUUCGUGGUUUUGAUAUAAAAUUGUUAGAGAAGCUGUCCGUCAACAGAAUAUUUGAUUUAAUGAUCGAAAAUAAGAAAGUCAAAUUUGGGAUUCAAGUUACUUCUUCGGAAAAAGUGGAUAAAGAACAUCGCUACGAUAAGUUUUCGAUUAUUCCAUUACCGUACCCUGGAUGCGAAUUCUUUCGCGAGUACAAAGAGCGAAGCUACAACUCUAAGAACUUAUUCUUUGAUUGGAAUCAAUCUAACGCUGAUGCAAUAAUGGACAUACCAAAAGAAUUUCUUUCAGCAUUUGAUAUUGAUUGGAGCACGUAUAAGUCCUGGGAUCUACUAACUCUAACAAAGAACUACCUGAAAUUGAUACUUGCCUGUAUCGAGCAAGGAUGGCAUCAAUUACCUGAAAGGCUUGAUAAAGGCGAAGAUAUCUUUUAUUUCUGCUUCGACUUUUUGCAAUAUAUUACCACUGAAGAGUUCUCGAAGCCUUGUGCUGCAAAAUUACCGCCAGGUUCUCCUAUUCGCUCAAAUACCGAUAUCAGAUGUUCUGACGCUAGGUUUGCGAACGAUCGAGGUGGUGUCAAGCACUGCGGCUACUCACAAAAUUUAUUAUCCAGAGAUUUGAAAGGACAUGAAUCCAGCGAUCCUGUUUAUAUUGCUAGCGGAAGUAACCCCUAUAAUUGUUAUAAAGAGCUGUCAUCCUCCUGUGAUAGUUGGCAAUUUAUACCGGAGACCAGUAAUUUAAGUACCUCGGCAGCAGCCGUGAGCCCACAGCCUUUAAAUGAAUUUGGAGGAUUCGUAGCGAAUCUAUCAGGAAUACCUGUCAAGUAUUUUAUGAGGGCUAAAAUGGAUCUUAAUUUGAAGGAUCUCGGUUGCUCUCUCGAUAAAUUGUUUCUCAUUCCUCAGUGUACUUUAGUUAUCGUGCAUCUAAGCUUACUCCUUUAG